AUGGCGAGAAGAUGGGUCAUGACCAACCAAGAUGGCUUCGAGCUGUCCCUGAAGCUCGAGGAGAAUCUGCCCGUACCGGAAGACUUAGCCGAGAAUGACGUGCUGGUGGAACUUCACGGUGCCAGCCUCAACUACCGAGAGCUGGUUAUCGCGAAGAAGCCAGGCCAAGUCGGCCCCAUCUCGCAGGACUGCGUCCCGGGCUCCGACGGCGCCGGCAUCGUCAAGGCCGUCGGCGCCGCCGUGACGGAAUUCAAGCCCGGUGACCGCGUCAUCACGCUCUUGAGCCCCGACACCGUCGAAAAGGGCGGGGACGAGGCCUUCCCCGACUUCCCCGCCAUCAGCGACGGCCUCGGGCAGCGCCGCAACGGCACUCUACAAACGCACGGCGUUUUCCCCCAAACCGCACUCGUGCACGGCCCCAAGUCCAUUGGAUGGAUCGAGGCUUCGACGUUGACCUGCAGCGGCCUCACGGCGUAUAACUCCCUGUUUGGGUUUCAGGGCAAGCAGGUAUCCGCGGGCGACUGGGUGCUAACGCAAGGCACAGGUGGCGUGAGCGUCGCCGCGCUUCAGCUCGCCGUCGCGGCAGGGGCUACUGUCGUGGCUACGACAUCCUCCGACGCUAAGGCGGAGAGGUUACGCGCCCUGGGCGCCACCCACGUCGUCAACUACCACGCGAACCCCGAGGGCUGGGGCGAGCAGGCCAAGGCCCUGACGCCUGACGGGGCGGGGUUCGACUUCAUCGUCGACAUUGGUGGGGAUGCCACGCUAGGCAAGUGCGUCCCGGCGGCUAAGACGGAUGGGAUCGUGGUGCUGGCGGGUUUGAGAGGCUCGGGGAGCCGGUGCCCCUAUUGGCGGCGCUAA